UCUAACGAAAAUUUAUCUCUUACUGUCCGCCCUACAUACCUCACCGCCGACGCCCUCCCUCUCACGUGCGGCGCCGCCGCCAUUGCCGUUCCGUCUUCGCCGCCAUCGCGGUGCGGUCUACUCCCCCUCCAUGGCGUCCUCGAAGAAGGUGGUGACGCGGGACGAGUGGGAGCGGAAGCUACGCGACGUGAAGAUCCGCAAGGAGGACAUGGACCGGCUCGUCAUGAACUUCCUCGUCACCGAGGGCUUCGUCGACGCCGCCGACCGGUUCCGCCUCGAGUCCGGCACCCAAACCGACAUUGACCUGGCGACCAUCACGGAUCGGAUGGAGAUGAAGAGGGCGGUUCAGUCGGGGAACGUCCAGGAGGCGAUCGACAAGAUGAACGAUCUUAACCCCACGAUUCUGGAGAGAAAUCCCCAAGUAUACUUCCAUCUGCUGCAGCAAAAGCUGAUAGAGUUGAUUCGUGUGGGGAAAAUAAGUGAAGCUUUGGAAUUUGCUCAACAAGAACUUGCACCAAGAGGCGAGAAAAAUCAAGCCUUUCUCAAGGAAAUAGAGAAAACAGUAGCACUUUUGCUUUUUGAAGAUGCAGAAAACUGUCCAUAUGGGGAAUUGUUGGAUGUUUCUCACCGCCUGAAGACGGCAAAUGAAGUCAAUGCUGCAAUUCUUACAAGUCAAAGUCAUGAGAAAGAUCCAAAGCUCCCUAGCCUGUUGAAGAUGUUGAUAUGGACUCAAGACCAGCUGGACGAAAAGGCGGCAUAUCCGCGGAUCAAUAACUUCUCCACUGCCGCACUAGAAGAUCCGGCUAUAUGAGCUGCUGCUGCUCAUGUGUUGGCAAAAGCCCGACAUAAGAAGGUCUCACGCUCUCGUGUUGAGAAUGUUUUCGUGAAUCACAUUUUACUUGGUGGAAAAUGUCUGAUUUGACUUAUCACUGAACACGGGUAUUUAUCAAAACACACAGAAGAAGAAAAAAAGUCAACUUCGAGAUACUAUAUAUGUCCUCACCGGCAUUCCAUUGGUUGGAGCCUUGGAGAAGCUGUAUGAUAUUAUCAUCAUCGAUACAUUUUCAAGAUAUU